UCGCUCGUUAAAAACUUACUACAAUUAUCGGCAAUGGCGGACAGCAAAAUACCCGAGUGGGUUAAUGCGGAACUAUUCGAGGAUGUUCUCAAGUCAAGUGUGGAGGGAUACUCCAAAGUCAGUACAUUCAAGGCGGAACUCGGAUCUGCGGCAGGAGAGAACUACGCCACAGUCAUGCUGCGGGUACAGAUCGAGGUAGAGCUCAAGGAUGGCAAAACCAAAAAGGUUUCCUACAUGGUCAAGUUGCCCCAUCAGGAAGAAAUGUUUAGGGAGAUGAUGAAGCGAAGCAACAUCUUCGACACUGAGCGGACCAUGUACAAUGAGGUUGUGCCCGAGAUGGAGGCACUCUACAAGGAAGCCGGAAUUGAAAUCACAUUUGGAGCCAAAAGCUACGAUCUCAAGAAUGCCAAAACGGAGUAUGUAGCCUUGGAGGAUCUGGGCAUCAAGGGAUUCAAGAAUGCCAAUCGCCUCGAGGGAUUUGACCAAACUCACACGGAGAGGGUUCUCCGUAAGCUGGCUCAGUGGCAUGCUGCCUCCGCCGUACGGGUGGCCACCAAGGGUCCGUAUCCGGAAAUUCUGGUUCAUGGCUUUUUCAAAGAAGAAAGCCGUCCAAUGAUGGCUGAGAUGAUGAGCGGAAUGCUUUCUCGAUUCAGCAAAGUCUGCACCACAUACGAAGGAAACGAGGAUUACAUUGACAAAGUGAAAGCCCUCCAGCCCCUUUUUAUCGAAAAAUGUUACGAGUUCGCCAAGGUCGAUCCCAACGAGUUCAAUGUGCUGAACCACGGCGAUUCCUGGUCGAAUAACAUCAUGUUCCAGUACGAUGCCUUUGGCAAGAUCAAGGAGGUCUACUUGGUCGACUACCAAAUCCCAAAGUACGGAACCGUUGCCCAGGACUUAUACUACUUUCUGCUCUCAUCCACCAAGCUGGAGGAUAAGCUGACCAAGUUCGAUUAUUACAUUAAGGUGUACCACGAUAAUCUUGUGGAGCACCUGAAAAUUCUGAAGUACUCAAAGCCUCUUCCCAGCCUUCGUGAUAUUCACUUGUCGCUCUUGAAAAACGGAUUGUAUGCCUAUAGCGUGGUGACUAGUGUGAUGGGCAUCGUUCUUUUGGAUCCCACGGAAGUCACCAGUUUUGAUAAUAUAUUUGGCGAAACUGACGCUGGAGUGGACUUCCAGAUGCAGCUCUAUAACAGUUCCCGGUACAGGAAACACAUUCAGAUGGUUAUGCCCUGGCUGCUGGAUCGCGGCGCCUUGGAUGUGAAUUAGAAACAAACAUUUUUAGGAUUUUCACAACAAACCUCUGAAUUAUGUCAGAAUUUAGAGCAACCUUAUGAUAGUGUUAUCUAAACCUUCGUGCGAUAAUGUCCACGAGUAUAAAUAAACGUAGAAACUCGAACGA